UUUUAAUUUAAUUUUAAGCUUUCCCAAGUUCCUGCACAACCCGAGUAACCGACCGGCGUCCGAAACAAAUCUCCACGUGUCUCUAUCCAGAAGCAAGUGGUCCCACAUGAUUAUUUUCGCUAUCAUUUGUAAUGAUGUUACUAUCUGUAUAGUGACCCCCUUUCGUCUUCCAUUUCCGCUGAUUUCUCCUCUGAACUCGUGAUACUCUCACUGAAAUUCGUACCGGUGUUUGGAGCAGCGUGCCGCUUCGCACUUUGGCCAUUCAAGCAUCCGGGGCCUUUACUUGCUGCAGAAGUCUGUACUUCACCUCAUUUCUACACCUUGUUAGUCGGUUCGGAUUCUUUCCAGCAAAAACCAUAGCCACAGAUUGCUUAUGGUUCUAUCUGAAAUCCCUAAAUAUCUGUGGUUUCAGCUGAUCAUCGGACGGGAGCACAUAUAGUAUAAGAUUCCUCAGUUGCUUGGAGGGGAAUCAAAAAAUGGCGUCUCAACAAGCUCCUAAAAAGAGGCCAAUGGAGGAAAUGGCUGGAUAUGAAGUUGCAGACAGAGUCUACCGUUUUAAAAUCCUGUUACCAAAUGGGACCAGUGUAGGGUUAGCAGUGCGUGACCCUGAGCCUAGAAUGGAGUUUUGGGACUUUAUAAAGUUGAUAAAAGAUGAGUAUUAUGCAUCUUUGCGGCAAAAUCAAUUCAUGAAGAAGAGAAGACCAAUUAAUUGGUACAGUGAAAAGUUGCUCCUGGAAGAUGCAAAUGAUAAGAAGACGAGGACAAGAAUUAACUUUGAAAAUUUUAAGCCAUUGAAGUGUCACAUUAUACGGCUUCAUGACGGGUCUGGUGAGACUAUGGAUACUUUUGAGAACAUGUGGGAUUUAACACCAGAUACUGAUUUGCUAAUGGAGCUACCAGAGGAGUACACUUUUGAGACCGCACUUGCAGAUCUGAUGGAUAAUUCCUUACAAGCUGUAUGGUCUAAUGAUAAACAUGGUAGGAGAUUGAUAAGGGUGGAUGUUUCUGAAGGUAGGAUUUCAAUCUUUGAUACCGGUUCUGGAAUGGAUGGGAGUGAUGAAAACUCCAUGGUAAAGUGGGGAAAGAUUGGGGCCUCGCUUCACAGAUCUUCAAAAGCACAAGGAAUAGGUGGCAAACCUCCUUAUUUAAUGCCAUGCUUUGGCAUGUUUGGAUAUGGAGGAGCUAUUGCAUCUAUGCAUUUAGGGAGGCAUGCUUUAGUGUCAUCGAAGACCAAGAGUUCAAAGAAGGUGUAUACAUUACACCUUGAGAGAGAGGCUUUACUAAGCCAAAAUAACUCUGGAGUUACUUGGAGGACUGAUGGUAGCUUGAGGGAUCCUUCAGAAGACGAAAUUGGUUUAUCACCUCAAGGAAGCUUUACAAAGGUCCUAUACCUGGGGGUCUCGUUGUGGGUUCCUGCACUGGCAAAUCUAGUGAAGGACCUGAAUUAUGGAUGGAGUUUCUACCCUUAUGACCUACUAUUAGUGAUAGGAAAAGGACUUGUUAGAGAAAAGCCUUCAAUCUCAUAAACAAGAAGAACUAAUGAAGUUUUUCUGAUUUUUCUGCAUAUUUCUAAUACAUAGCACUCUUGUAAGCUAACAUUAGAAAGUACAACUUACCCCAAGGACAAGUAACUUACCUGGAGGAAGUAUGAUAAGCCCCAACGAUCCCAAUGGGUUCCUGUGAGGCACCCGAAAUACCUGGACUGAUAAAGACCUACCCAUAACGGCUGCAGAAGUGAUCUGCAACGGCAGCAGCAGAAAAAACGGACACCUCCAGAACCAGUCAAGAGGAUCCUGAGAUUUGCUCUCCCACUAGCAUUUUUCUAUUUUCCUUCUUGAUUUUUUUGUAUCUUUAAUUCUUAUCUGUAACCACCAAAGCAGGAAUUAUCAUUGUAACAAAUUCUGGAUCCUGCGAUAUGCUCUCUCACUAGUGUUUUUCUAAUUUCGUUUUUGGUCUUUGUAUCUUCAAUUCUUAUCUUUAACCACCAAAGCAGGAAUUAUCGUUGUAACAAAUUCUAUUUAAAGAUUGACCAAACCGUCAAUAAAGCAGAUCAUAAUUUUUCCAGAAAUGUUUUUGGUCUUUUCUCACCAUAAGCAGAAAAUUCUUGGGUUAUUUUGCAGCUCCAACUGGGACCAACAAGGACAUUGGUGUUCGAACACGGUUAAAACGACCUCCAACAAGGAACGCAUCGAGAAUCUAGAAGCUGGCCCCGGCGGAUUAUAAAAUAGUUUCUGCCGAAUGGAAAUCAAGCUGACCGAUAAGAUGUGUCUAAUAGAGGAGAGCCUCUAGCAGUUACCAGACACCUUUGCUUCUAACCGAGAAGGAUCCAGCAGCAACCAAAUGAGCCGCUCAAGUCUGCCGCGACUGGUUUGUGAAGAAAGGCCCGAGUGCGACCACGGGAGAUCCACCAUCUACUCCAAACUGGAGUUCCCGUCCUUCUCAGGCGGCGAAUCCAUCGAAUGGCUCAACCAGAUUGGGCAGUUUUUUGACUUUCAGGCGACAACUGUGCAACACUAUAUAGUCCUAUCGUCGUUCUACCUUGAAGGAGAAGCCAACUGCUGGUGGCAGUGGCUGAGUAAGCUUUACAAAGAAGAGGGUUGCACAAUAGACUGGGCCGUGUUUGAGGAAGAAUUAUGGGACAGGUCUAGGCCAACCAAGUUCGAAAACUUUGAUGAGGACCUAUCUCGCAUCAAACAGACCGGCCCAUUAUGAAAGUACCAAAAAGAAUUUGAACGCCUGGGUAACCUGGUCCACGAGUGGACCCAAAAGGCCCUGAUUGGGACCUUCAUUGGUGGGCUUAAGCCCGAGCUGGUAGAUGGAUACACAUGUUCAUGCCCAAAACUUUAAAAGAUGCAAUUGACCUGACCCUCAUGCAAGAAGAACAGAUGGACCAGCAAUGCAUAUUGAACCGGUUGAGGGAAAACCCGCCCGCGAACACCCAAGCCGCCCUUAGCUAUCACUUCGUCCUGAAUCAGCAAGCUCUAGUUGCUCCCUAUAUCGCGAAGCGUCUCUCCUGGGACGAGAAGUAGCAACAGUAGACCCAAGGUCUCUUUUUCAAAUGCAAUGAGAAGUUCAUUGCAGGCCAUCGUUGCCGCGAGUCGCAGCUUCUGUUGCCCGAGAGCGGGUGCGAAGGAGCCGACACCAAAGAACUAGAAAUCUCGCUCCAUGCCCUCACUACGUGGCCUAACACAGGCACUAUGAAAGUUCCUGCCACCAUCCAGGUUAUCCACGAUUUGGUCAGUGACUGAGUUGUGGGGCGUUUACAACUCCCAAUGAUCCCAACAUCGCCAUUCGUCGUGAAGGUCGCAAACGGCAAGCUGAUGAGUUGUAGAGAGUGGUUUAAAAAUGUGUCGAUCACCAUUUAAGGUAUUUCGUUCACCCUCACUCUUUAUUGUCUUCCUCCAAUGGGGCUUGAUCUUGUGCUAGGAGUGCAUUGGUUGGAAGCCUUGGGCACGAUGAUGUGCGAUUGGAAGAAAUUAACGAUGAAAUUCCAAUGGCAGAACAAGCCACAGUUGCUACACGGUUUGGGAGCGCCACCAUUCAGGCGUCUUCCCUGGAGGAGAUCAAUCGGGCCAUUCCAGGUCGACACUUCAUGUAAGCCAUAUGUUUCAGGGCCGAGCGUGAGGUUGCUGCACCGGGUGACAGAAUUGAAUUACAAGAAUUGUUCAAGGAAUUGUUUGAAUUAUUUCAAGAACCAAAAUAGCUACCGCCCGAGAGGGACAUUGAUCACCGAAUUCAUCUCAAGGACGAUACCGAACCAGUCAAUGUCCAACCAUAUCGUUAUGCAUAUUUCCAGAAGGCAGAGAUAGAGAAGUAGGUAUAAAAAAUGUUCAGUUCAAGACUCAUACGCCACAGUACCAGUCCUUUUUCCUCCCCUGUUCUGUUAUUGAGAAAAAAGAACAUUGUGAUUUAGCGCCAAUUACCACGCGCUCAAUGUUGUUACAAUUAAAGAUUGUUUUCCCAUUCCCACCGUAGAAGAUAUGUUCGUCGAAUUGAACGGAGCUGUUUACUUCACAAAAUUAUAUCUCACUGUCGGAUAUCAUCAGGUUUGUGUCCAUCCUUCUGACAUUCACAAGACUGCUUUCAGAACCCACAACGGCCACUACGAGUACUUGGAUGCGCUUGGUCUUUGUAAUGCACCUUUUACAUUUCAAGCCAUUACAUUUCAGGCUGUUAUGAAUGUUAUUUUUCGUCCAUAUCUGCGAAAAUUUGUGUUGGUUUUCUUUGAUGAUAUUUUGGCAUAUAGUGUCAACUGGGAUUCCCAUUUAGAACAUAUCGGGAUGGUUUUUGAGAUCCUAAAGCAACAUUGAUUCUUUGUGAAAUUAAAAAAGUCUGUUCGUCCACCAAGAAUUAGAAUAUCUUGGUCAUAUUGUUACAUUAGGAGGGGUCAAAGUAGAUCAAGAAAAAAUUCAAGCCAUGCUCAAUUGGUCGAAACCCAUCAACAUCACAAAGCUACAUAACUUUCUAGGUCUUACCAGAUACUAUCGCAAAUUUGUGAAGAGCCAUGGACUCAUGGCUAAAUGCUUGAUAAGUUUACUCAAAAAAAGAUUCUUUCAAUGGAACGAAGAAGUUGAAGCAGCAUUUACAGAAUUGAAGCAAGCCAUGACCUCCACACCCACUUUGGCACUCCCAAAUUUCACUAAACCCUUCACUAUUAAGGCGGACGCAUAAGGCGAUGGAAUUGAAGCAGUACUUACUCAAAUAUCGCUUAUAUGAGCCAUGCAUUGGGCACGUUUAAGAUGUCUUGGUCCACCUAGGCCAAAGAAAUGUUAGAUAUAGUGGUCGACGUUCAGAAUUGGAGGCCGCAUCUUUUGGGGUGUAAGUUCUUUAUCAAGACGGAUCAAUGCAGCUUAAAGUACCUAAUUGAUCAAAGAAUUACCAAUCCUGAGCAACAAAAAUGGGUCUCCAAAUUAUUUAGUUAUGACUACGAAAUACGGUACAAACCUGGGAAAGAAAAUCAAGCCACCAACGCCCUCUUUCGGCAAGUAAACAGGCCAACAUUAAAUGCCCUUCACAGCUAGUAUAUCACUAUGGGACCAAAUUAGAGAAGCAGCCAAUGGCAACCGUUAUAUGCUUAGAAGAGCUAGCCCAAAACCAUCCAGGCUGCCCAUAUACAGAUAAAAUGGUCUAAUUUGCUAUAACAGCGCAUUGUAGUACCUCUGAAGUCCAACAUCAUCCAACACUUAUUGCAAGCAUAUCAUGACUCUUAUAUGGGCGGUCAAUCAGGAGUACUCAGAACUUACAAAAGGCUGGUACAACGAUUUUUUUGGGCUUCCAUGCGCCAAACAAUUCAAAAUUAUGUAUCGGUUUGUGAAGUAUGCCAAAGGGCCAAUUUAGAAACUACUGGGUUAUUAUAAUCACUACCUAUUCCAUGGUAAGUUUGGGAUGACAUUACCAUGGACUUUAAGAAGGGUUACCUCAUUCUCAGGGUAAAAACACUAUCCUGGUAGUCGUUGACCGCCUUAGCAAAUUAGCUCAUUUUCUGGCCUUGUCCCUUUCCCUCUCCCAUCCCCUCCCCACAUUGCCAAGAUUGUCGUAGAGAAAUUUGUGGAGGGCGUAGUCAAGUUACAUGACAUGCCGCGUUCAAUUGUAAGUGACCAAAAUUCCAUAUUUAUCAGUCACUUUUGAAAUGAAUUUUUUAAAUUGUCAGGUACGGAAUUGAAGUUGAGCUUCUCAUACCACCCGCAAACCGACAGACAAUCUGAAGUGGUCAACAAAUAUUUAAGGUGCCUUGCCCAUCAACGGCCCAGUAAAUGGUACCCACUCCUUCCAUGGCAGAAUUUUAGUAAAACAUCAUCUACCACUCAUCAAUCGGCAUGACUCCCUUCCAAGCCUAAUAUGGACGCCCUCCACCCACUAUUCCACAUUACAUUGAGGGCAUCACAGCUGUGAACGAGGUUGACCACCAACUGACAGCAAGGAACGAAAUACUCCGCCAACUUAAGGCCAAAAUUUCCAGCAAUCGCAUACAGCAAACAGCAAAUUCAGAGCGACGCCAUGUUGAGUUUCAAGUCGGCGAAUGGGUCUUUCUCCAGUUAGAGCCUUAUAGACAGCAAACCGUUUUCAAAGAGCUUUACAGAAGCUUGCACGCCACUUCUUUGGGCCAUACCAAAUUGAAGAAAAAAUUGAUCAGGUUGCCUACAAGCUCAAGCUGCCUCUGGAAUCUUGCAUUGAUCCGGUAUUUCAUGUUUCCCUACUAAAAAAGAAAAUUGGCGAUUCAUUUCUUCCCAACGAGGAACUGCCCACGGCAACAGAAGAAGGCAAUAUUAUUCUCCACCCAGAAGCAAUAUUAGGUAUUUGUUGGCUAAAAAAAGGUUCACCAUUUGUGGAAGAAAGUCUGGUGAAAUGGAAGGACCUGCCCACAGAAGAUGCCACCUGGGAAAAUUCUAAGGAGCUGCAAGCUAGAUUCUUCAACUCGAACCUUGAGGACAAGGUUCCUCUUCGGGAGGGAGUGAUGGUAGGCCCCGACGAUCCCAACGGGUUCCUGUGAGGAAUCUGAAAUACCUGGACUGAUGAAGACCUUCAGAAGUGAUCUGCAACGGCAGCAGUAGGAAAUACAGACACCUCCAGAAUCAAUCAAGGGGAUCCCGCAAUCUGUUCUCCUACUAACAUUUUUCUGAUUUCCUUGUAUUUUUAAUUCUUAUCUAGAACCACCAAAGCAGGAAUUAUUGUUGUAAGAAAUUCUAUUUAAAGACUGACCAAACUAUCAAUAAAGCAUAUCAUAAUUUUUCUGGAA